CGUGAGGUGACGCUCCUGCAGCUGGGAGGGCGCCUUGAAGCUUCAGGAUGGGUUUCCAGACUUUUAGUGUGCUGACUUAUGAUUGGUCAGCAAGACGUUAUGCUAAUUAGGAGGGUGCUGCGUCACUUCCCUGUCAUUCAAUGCGCCAUUUUCUCUUUUAUGUGCGGGGAAAAAAACGUUUCCAUCACAAAUUAUAAAAAAAAAACACAAUCUCGUUGCUUUGCAAAUUCCGCUGGCCGGAGGUGAUUGGAGGGUUGCUGAGGUGUCUCGCGCUGCACACGCGCGUGCCGCAGGGGAGCUCCGUGCGCCAGGAUCGCGGGGAAAGUGUGCUGUUCUGCCGCCGAAACUCCCUCCCAGAGCGGGGGCGCUGGAGAAGGUGAAGAACCAUGUAUCAGUAUCCAGUUCGCGGCAUUGAGAAGAUACGAAAAACAAGGAGGAAAGUCAAGAAUAUCUUGAGUGAAUUUGGGCUUGAGCAAUGUCUCAGCUUGUCUGAGGGUCUGCAGAGCUUUGAUCCAGGAGACACUGUUUAUAAUGCGACUGAAUGGAAUGAUCUGGCUGAUGGAUAUGAUGGGAAGUGGAAGAAAAAGUGGGAAUAUCGGACAAGAGGCCUGUGCUGUUCCCUGUGUAAAUUUUCAACACGGUCUUGGUAUUCCUUCAGAGCUCAUAUUCAUCGCUGCCACGACGAGGAGCAGCGUCUCUGCAGCCUCUCCGUCUGUUCCGGCUGCCCGUUUAUCGCCCACCCUAAGGUGAUCGCCAAGCACUAUAAACUGUUCCACGCUGAACCACCGAAACCAGAGUAUGAACCAGUACCACAACAACAACAACAACAACAGUUGCCCACUAAAGCUAUAGGGAGUCAUAUUUUCCAGUGCAGAAAAUGUCCCUUUAACGAUACUCUCCUGUACAGCAUGAAGAAACAUGUUCUCAUUAAUCAUUACACCUCCCUGUUAAAUCGCUUUGCCGCACAAAGGACUGAAAGUGAACUGCACGCUCUUGGGCCGAUGUACCAGAAGUUUUUCUGUAAGGUCUGUGGUGCAAAUGCAGAGACUUCUGAGCACUUGCUCUAUCAUAUUCUAACUUCUGAAAAGCACAAGGAGUUGGAAUUUCACAUCAACGUACUCAUUUUCGAGACUGACAACAAGAAAAUGUUUCCCGCUCUUGCGCCGAAAGCGCAAGGUAGUCCCGUUAUCGCAGGACCGACCAGCCAACCGAUAGUGACUCCUGUUCCACCUCCAGGAGCGGUAAUGCCGGGAGUCACAAACGGGGGUCCUAGACUGUACAGCCCCCCCGGGCAGAACCCAGCUGUUCUUCCCGCUCAAGCUUCAGCCCUCGUUCAGCUUGCCAGUGCUGAAGCAAAGGGUUUGCUGCAACCUGGCCAGCCAAUGAAUCUGCAUAACGUCCAAGCUGCAAGAGCUGGACCUGCCACGGUACCUGUCAUGGGAGGCAUGGCACCUCCGCCUGCAAUGCAUCCGGUUAUGCCACACCAGCAGCUACCAGUCAGGUUGGGAGUGCCUGGUCAGAUGCAGCCUCCUUCCCGUCAAGUUCUGGUCCCGCCAGGAAUGCAGUUCAACGUGCCAUCUGUAAGAGGACCUCCACCACCACCACCAACACCGCAAUCGUUGAUUGUAUCUCCACGGUUCCCUGUGAACCAGCCAACUCCUAGGGGCACCAUGUUGACAUCACAGUCUCUCCUAAGUCAUCUGAUUCCCACGGGCAACAAAGUGGACGGCCUACCUACCUACACUCUUGCGCCACUGCAUGUUUUGUCUGUCCGGCCAAAUAACAUGCAAAUGGCCAACAACGCGCCGUUGCCUGUGCCGCAUCAUGUCCCCACACUUCAGCACAACGCCUUGGCCAGCAAUGGCUCCCAGGACUCCAAGCAAACCAAGAGAUGGGUCACCUGUCCUGUUUGUAAUGAGCUUUUCCCAUCCAGCAUAUACGAAUCCCACGUCGAGGUCCAUAAAGAGGCGUCCAAGAAGACCAAGCUAGGCCUAGCCGCCCGAGCACCCUUCUUGAAGAAGAUGCCAGACAAGACUGUGAAAUGUCUGAUGUGCAAGAUCUUGCUCUCUGAAAAAGGACUUUUUGAACAUCUGCUUCACGGCCUGAACUGCCUGUACUGUUCAGGGAUGUUCUAUUCUCUCAAGCAGCUGGUUGCGCACAUCCAAAUGGAUCACAAUCCCAACCAAAAGGCGAACUGUGACUUCAUGAGGCGAGAGUAUCGUCUUUACACUGACGAAAGUGGCAGCCUCCUGUUCCCUUACUUUGACAUCAACACCACAGCGCCAAAGGAGAUGAUGGGAGAAAAGGAGCUUAACUUGGCUCUAGUCACCAACUCCCUUGAUUUGAUAUUCUUGAAGAUGCUGCCUGCAAGUCCUCAGCAAGUGUGCAAGAUGCCCAUGCCAAAACCAGACAGUUUAGACUGUGUUUUCUGUUCUGAAAAGCAGCUGAACAUGGAGUGUUAUCAGCUUCACCUCCGAGAGAAGCACUACAUUGUACCUACCCUUCAUGCUAUACUCAAAUCCCCGGCAUACAAGUGCGUCUACUGUGGUGGAGUGUACACGGGGAAAACUACAGAGAAGGCAAUCUCCGUCCACAUAUCCAAGUGUCGCUCUGCGCCCAAGACCCCUAGAGAUGCCGAGAGGAUAAUGAGUUCUGGUCUAGCCGUUGCGCCCAGAGGAAGCCAAGGGCUGCUCUCGUUUCCUCCACCUCCAAGACAGUCUUCGAUUCAAGUUCCAGCUCCAGUCCAAGCCUCGGUCCCUGCGAUCCAGUCCCCGCAUACAGCCGCGGAACUGCAGAGCAAGUUGAGGCUGGAGCUAGCCGUGAAGGAGGCCAUAGCGGCAAACAAGAAAGAAAGAGAGGCCAGGCUAGCAAGGAAAAGGAAGUUGGAGAGAGACAGGUUAGCAGGUUUGACUCCUCCGUCGCCUGAUAUGCAGGUUGAUCCUUCAGUGCAGUUCGCUUUGGACCCUGCUGGAAUGGAUAUACGGUCAUUUGAAGAUCGGAGGGAUUUUGUGAACAAGUACUUCAACAAACAGCCCUAUCCGCUCAAGAAGGAGAUUAUCGCCUUGAGUAAUCGCCUACUGCUGAACAAAACCGACAUCGCCUGCCAGAUCGGAUCGAAGCGCACCAGAUGCAUGAAGCACCUGCAGAAAAACAGAGCCGCCGUGCUUUUAGGUUUCAAAAUGACGGAGUUGUUGAAACUGAAGCACGACCUGGUUAUUCCCCAGAUUGAGCCGGAGAAGACCUCUGCAGACACAGAACCAGAAUCCCCGGGUUCAGAAUCCGCGGGAUCAGAACCUCUGGAAUCGGAAACCCAAGACCCAGAUUACAUGGAACCAGAAAGCCCGGAAGCACAAACGCCAGACCCAGAAAACAUGGAACAAGACACCCCGGGAGCUGAAACCCCAGAACAAAAUGGUCAGAGCGAAGAGGCCCGAGAGGUUGACUAGUUUUGUUUUGUUUUUCUUUUAAAGAUGAAUAAAUAAUUCAGAAACAGGAACAAAUGGAGUGGGAGACUCCUCAAAACAAUGCAAAAACAAGGUAUAUUGUAUUAAAGGUAGAUCAGUUCUCACAGGACCACGUUCAUUUCCUUAGAAAUCUGUGUAGACUCCUUUUUCUUGGAAGUAAACUUAAAUAAUAAGUUGAACUUACAGUGCAUCUGGACUUAUAUGCUGUUCAGUAAUAUUAGUUUUAGUAGUCAUUCUACACAGUACUGUUAAAACUUUGAGAAAUGUUUUCCCAUUACAUUCAGACAACUCACAUGUUUUACAGUGUGUUUAUUACUUUUGCCUUCACUUUGUUUCUGUUCGUUCUUGUUUGUUUGUUGGUUUGUUUUUUACAUUUUAGCAUAUUAUCAACUUUUUAUACCUGGAUAUUAAUAUAAAACUGAGGCGCAUUUAGUUAAAGCGCUUUCAUAGUAGUGUAGUUCAACGUAUUUAAGAAGUUACCCGUUUUCUUUCCUGUACGGUUCCAGUAUUCUGUUUAAGUGCUUCCUCAUUUAUUCUGUGCCUACAUGAUAUGUCAGUAUGGUAUGUCAGUGUGUGUUACUUUACAUAGAAUUGUGCCUAAACAUGAGUUUCCCUUUCAGCCUCCUUCUAUCAUGGUCUCUUACUCUCUUACUUCGUGGGUCUCUGGAUCGGGAUGAUUUGAAACAUUGGGAUAGCGAUAAGUCCUUUUAAAUAAAGGCUUGGCCCUGAAAUUGGUAGCUUACUACACCACUGUACAAGUUUCAGUAAACUGUUUCAUUUCUCUGGCCUACCAGCCCUGAGGUACCACUCUGUUGUAAGCAUGGCGGUCUGUUGUUUCAUUGCCAUUUGUAAGCAUGGUUCAUGAGCAUUUGGUUUUUGUAAUAGUGGAAUGUAAGACUGUUAAAAGAUUUAACAUAUUUGCUCACAACUUGAUUUCAAGCUUAUCUCUUUAAAAAACAAGGCAGAUUGCAUAGUGGAGCAUUUGUAAGGGCACUAUGUAAGAAAGAAUGCAAAAUAAAGUUACACCUUGAAACACUG